AUGUAUGAGAUUUAUGUGGAGACCUGUGGGAAAAAUGCUGAGAACAGAGUCAACCCAGCAACCUUUGGGAAGUGUGAAUGUCACUCACUGAUAAAGACAGAACCAGGUGAAUCCCCUUUGUCUGAAUUCAGAAGACAUACAUCUUGGGAGGAAGAACUGGCAAAGAAGUACUCCUAUAAAAUGAUGAGCUUUCUUGCUGAUGAAUACUGCACCUAUUGUCAAGACAUUUUACAGACUGUGGAGGACUUGCUUACUUCCUUCUGGAAAUCUCUGGAGCAAGACACAGUCAUACUUAUGUCAUUGCCUGACGUGUGCCAGCUCUUUAAGUGCUAUGAUGUACAGCUGUACAAGGGAAUCGAGGACGUUCUCCUUCAUGACUUUUUAGAAGAUGUUUCUAUUCAGUACCUGAAAUCUGUCCGGCUAUUUAGUAAGAAAUUUAAGCUGUGGCUUCUUAAUGCUUUGGAGGGUUUUCCAGCCCUGUUACAUGUCUCCAAGCUGAAAGAAGUUACUGUGUUUGUCAAAAGACUGAGAAGAAAGACAUACCUUUCCAACAUGGCAAAGACUAUGAGAAUAAUGUUGAAAGAUAACAGGAGGGUCAACAUUUUGAAGUCAGAUCUACAUGCCAUCAUCCAUCAAAGCACUUGGGACAUUUCUAAGAAAGUCCUGACGAGUGAGCCAAGCCACACAGAUGAGCUGGAGAACACAGAGAUGAAAUGUCUAAGCAAUUUAAUUUCUUUGCUGGGAACAUCAAAGGAUCUCAGUGUAUUCCUGAACUGUUUGUCUUCAAAUCUCGAAGCAUUUGUCUUCCAGCCAAGCGGAAGCAGAGAGGAGUUUAUCAAACUGGCCGCCAGCUUCCAGCUGAGAUGGAAUUUCCUUCUCACGGCCGUGAGCAAAGCCAUGACCCUCUGCCACAGAGACAGUUUUGGCUCCUGGCAUCUGUUUCAUUUGCUGCUUUCGGAAUAUGUGACUCACAGACUUCAGUCAUGCAUAGAAGAGGAAGAGGAGGACGUGGGGACUCUCGGGGAGAUACUAGGAGAUGACCAGUCUUUUGUCCAGCCAGACCAGGCACUUUUCCACCCUCCAGAUUCUUCACCAGCUCAGGAGUAUGCAUGCCCCAGUGUGGAGUCCCCCGGGGCGAUGCUGAAACACAUGGGCCAGAGCCGAUGUCCUGUGGAUAUGAGCAGCGUGGUUCUCAGGGUCCUGGGCUUCCUGGUGGACACUGCCACAGGCAAUAAGUUCAUCCAGAUACUGUUGGAAGACAAGGCCACCCAAAGCACCAUUGAACUCGGUCUUCCUGUGGGGCAAGAAGCCCUUGUCACCUUGAAAGAUGGACAAAAAUUUGUGAUUCAUGUAUCAGAUGUACCCCAGAGCUCUGAAAAUAUUUAUUUCAGAGAAAACAAUGCUAAUAUGUAAGAUUGUUUAUUUUAAUAGGGCAUGAGACAACUGGUAGACUUGCAUUCUUAAAAAUAUAUUAAAUGCUAAAGUUUCUGUAUUAAUAUGAAAGAUUUUAUGUACACAAUAGAUGCAUUGUCUAUUUUACGUGUAAAUGUAUUUCAAAGAGUUGGGU